AUGGCAGCACGACACAUUGCACGAAAGCUUUGGCAGCCCAAAUUCCUUACGAAACAUCAGCGCCGAGGUCUUGCUCUGCAAGAGCAUCAAUCUAAACAGCUGUUGAGGGAGUUCGGCAUACCAGUUCAGAAUGGAAAGGUAGCAACCACGGCUGCGGAGGUGCCGGAGAUUAUGCGUCAAUAUGGUAGAAUCAUCUCCCUUCUUACCCUUCAAUCUAGUUUGCUAACUUUCAGUCUUGCAGGUGGAAAAUGCGUCAUCAAAUCCCAAAUUCUCAAGGGCGGUAGAGGCAAGGGAACAUUUGACAAUGGAUUCCAAGGCGGUGUUAAAAUUGCAAAGCUCCCAGAAGACGGCGAGCGGAUAUCCUCCCAGAUGCUGGGUCAUCGCCUCAGAACCAAGCAGACUUCAGGGGAUGGGAUCCUCGUUGAAAAGGUGCUGGUGGCAGAGUUCGAAGAAUGCGAUGAGGAGUGGUAUCUCGCCAUAGCCCUCGAUCGCGAACGCUACUCCCCAGUCGUGCUCAUCUCACGUAGUGGCGGUGUCGACAUUGAAGACACGGCCAAGGGCGAGGGCGGUAGCUUGAGAAGCUUCCACUUCGACUACGCCGAGGGCAUCACACCAGAUCUUCUGAACCGUCUCCGCACAGAUGUCGGCGCGAGUCCUGCCGAGGCUGAAAAGCUCGGGGCUAUCCUGACCCGUCUUUGGGACCUUUUUGUGAGCAGAGACGCCACGCUUCUGGAGAUCAACCCUCUAGCGCGCACCGGCGAAGCUGAUUUCAAGUGCCUUGAUGCCAAAUUUCUUAUCGACGAUGCUUCGCAGCGACGGCAGCCCGAGCUGUUCGCUCAGCGAGAUAUUCAAGCGGAAAUCCCCGAGGAGAUCGAGGCGCAAAAGUAUGGGUUGGUGUAUAUCAAGAUGGAAGGGAAUAUUGGCAAUGUAGUCAACGGUGCAGGUCUUGCGAUGGCUACCAAUGACGCGAUUGCCCAUCACGGCGGUGCAAGCGCGAAUUUUCUCGACGCAGGCGGCCAGGCUACGCAGAGCACUAUGCAAAAGGCCUUUGAGAUUAUCCUUCGGGACGAUCGGGUCAAGGUAAUCCUUGUUAACAUCUAUGGAGGCAUUAUUAAAUGCGAUAUGAUCGCUGAAUCCAUCAUUGGUGCUACCAAGGAGCUCGGCCGAUUGCCUGUGCCGCUUGUUGUUCGGUUGCAGGGGACCAAUUCAGCUGAAGGCUUGAAAAUUCUGGAGGAAGCCGAUCUCGGAUUCCAUGUUGAGUCUGAGUUUGGGGAGGCAGCGAAGAAGGCCGUCCAGCUUUCCAAGUCCUGA